AACACUUCUCAUCGGCGCAUUCGGUCUUUCCCCAAGCUUCACAAUGACCUCGUUCUCUACCCGAUCCGGAUCAUCCCAACCAUCUCCCACACUUUACAUUCAGAACUUGGACGAUAAGGUUAAAAAAUCGGAUCUCAAACGAUUACUGUACCAGUUAUUCUUGAUCCAUGGAAAAGUGCUUGAUGUUGUCGUGAAAAAGGGGAAAAUGCGCGGACAAGCGUUUGUAGUAUUCAGGGAUUUCCAAGGCGCUACGCAAGCGAUGCGUCAACUAGAUGGCACCGGUUUCUUGGACCGAGAACUUAAAAUCACUUACGCUAAAACUCAAUCACAUGCUACUAUUCGUCAAAACGCCGGCGAUGAGGUACUGUAUCAUGUCAAGCUGGGGCUAAAAGAUCCAAAUACCCUGCAAGAUAAGAAUUCCAAGUUGACUGGGAAAAUGACCGUUAGUGGGGCUCAAGCCGCCAACAUGGAGAAAAAGAAGGCAGAAGAGAUUGCGACGAAGAAGCGAUUGCAAGGUUCAACUUCCGAUAGCGAACACGAUGAUGACGAACAAGACGAUUCUGCGAUGGCUGAUGGGACAAAUAACCAAGCCUCAAAAAGAUCCAAGACAACCCACGCGACGGCCGACGAUGACGAUGAGGAAGCAAUGGAGGAAGAUUCUGAUUCAGAGCAGCCUGUUGAUUCAGCCGCUGCUGCUGCUGUCAAAGCGGCAGGCUCAGCGCCCAUCUUAUCCGGGGAGGAUCCCAACCCCGUUUUGUUCUUGGAGGGCCUCCCAGCAGAAGUAACGGACGAUAUGAUGGCUGUCCUAUUCCAACAGUAUCCAGGCUUCCAAAGUGUCAGGUUGGUUCCAGGAAGAACAGGGAUCGCGUUUGUGCAAUACGAUACGGCUGCUCAAAGUGACAUGGCCAAGGCUGCUCUUGAUGGCUUCAAGCUUGCACCCGGUGUGGUGAUGAAAGUCUCGUUUGCACGACGCGGUUAAAGUCAGAAAAUCGAUCUCUCUUGAUAAUAAGAACUUCGAAUUUUCUUUCUUUUCGUUUCCCUGGAUUCAGGUGGAUUCCUCCCAACGUUUUGUAUGAAUAAAAAAAAAUCAAAGCCCCCUUUUUUAAUGUUUGAUCGUCUCGCUCACCAGGACGAAGAUUCCUGUGAACAUAACUCGAGGGAAGAAAGCAAAUUUGAGCACUCUUGUAUCUCCACAAUCGCCCCCAAUACCGCGUCUAAUAGUCAGAUUCACUUGCUUUAAGCCGUCCGAUCGCCCAACAACUGAACACGAUGAUCCUAGCCUUGGGGACGUGUGAUCCCCUCCUUGAACAAUAUCUUUUGUUCCGAGACUUAGAUCAAUAAUAGCCAGCGCUUAACGUUCGAGAAAUCAGUGUCUAUUAUUGUAGCACACGGCACAGACAUAGACAAAACAACUGUAUAAAAAACCGUUCGACGACUGCUCAUAGAAUCAAUUACAUAUACCAGUGUCAGCUGCUCAACUCGAAUUGGAUUCCUUUCAGAUGAAGACGCAUAGCUUCCCAGUCUUGUGACGACUCAAGGUUCCAGGCCUCAUAGGUGCGUUUCCAGAUUUUCUG